GAAUAGAAGUAAACUCCGUAGCACUUGGCCGCGCGCGAGUUUUUGAGGAAUUUCACGUGUUACCCUGAUUCGAAUAAAAUAUCAAAAUAAAAAUGUCUCACGAUAAAAAACUCAUUGACCUGGCAGUUAAGCUGUUUUCAAUAGAUGCCGUGAAGUUUGGAGAGUUUACGACUAAGAGCGGCAUCAAAACACCUGUUUAUUUUGAUUUGAGGGUUAUAGUUAGUUACCCAGAUGUAAUGGUAUCAAUAUCGAAUCUCUUACUGGAACUAGCAAUGAAAGAUUUGAAGUAUGAUCACCUGUGCGGUGUGCCGUACACAGCUCUGCCCAUUGCCACUAUACUGAGCGUACUAACCAAAAAGUCCAUGCUCAUGAGACGUAAAGAAACAAAAGCUUACGGAACCAAAAAAUCUAUUGAAGGACACUACAAGGCUGGCCAGUCAUGCCUCAUCGUUGAAGACGUUGUCACCUCAGGGUCCAGUGUACUGGAAACUGUAAGAGAUUUACGUAAAGAAGGUCUGAUUGUUACCGAUGCUGUCAUCAUUCUAGACAGAGAACAAGGAGGCAGCAAUAAUCUUGCAGCUGAUGAUGUGCAAAUCAAGUCAUUGUUUUCUAUGUCAUCUCUGAUUGAUAUCUUGGUUAAGAAUAAUAAGAUUACGGAAGAAAUGGUCAGAAAAGUUAAAAAUUACUUGAAGGAGACUCAAGCUCCUGUUAUUGAUAAACCAUUGGACAGAAUCCUGCUGACUUACGAGAAGCGUGCAGAACUAGCCAAAAACGGUGUUGCUAAACAACUGUUCAACAUUAUGGCAACCAAGAAGACGAACUUGUGCCUCUCAGUAGACAUGACAUCUACCACAAAGAUCCUAGAUCUUUUAGAAAAGGUUGGAGAGCAUGUCUGCUUAGUAAAAACUCAUGCAGACAUCAUUGAAGACUACAGCACUGACUUCAUCACCAGACUCAAGCAACUGGCAGACAGAUUUAACUUUUUGAUUUUAGAAGACAGAAAGUAUGCUGAUAUUGGGCAUACUGUCUCUUUGCAGUAUUCUAAAGGGUUGUACAAAGUAGCGGACUGGGCUGACUGUGUCACUGCCCAUUCUUUGCCUGGUGAAGGGAUACUUAAGGCCUUGAAUUCACCGAAUGGUGUCAAUCGGGGUGUCUUUCUACUGGCUGAAAUGAGCAGUGAGGGUAACCUUAUAACACCAGAGUACAGAGAAGCAACAGUUUCAAUGGCUUCUAAAUACCCAGAACUGAUUACUGGAUUUGUUUGUCAAAAUAAAGACACCUUCAAGGACCCUGGACUCAUACAGCUGACUCCAGGAGUUCAGCUGGAGAGCAGUAAGGAUGACCUGGGUCAGGUGUACAACACCCCAGAAAAGGUGAUAUUGGAGAAAGGUGGUGAUGUCAUUGUGGUAGGAAGAGGCAUUGUGGCAGCAAAGAGUCCAGAAGCUCAAGCAGUCAUUUACAAGGAUACUCUGUGGAAAUGCUACUUGAAGAGAGUUUCCGGAAAACUUGAGUAGAAAAUAGUACAAUUUAUUACCUACAUAGGUAUUAUUCAUAUAGCAAUUUUUCAUUAUUUCAUAUUAUGUUUUGAGUUGUUUAUGCCUGUUGUUAGAAAUAAGUAUAUUUUAUUCCAUGAAUGUUGUAUACAAGGACCAAUUACUGUUGUGAUAAAGCAUAAAUCAUAUAUAGACUAAUAGCCAAUUUUGAGUGCUGUUUUUGUAAAACAGCCAAAAUAGUGCCUUAACAUUCCUAGGUGUUAUACACCAUAAUAAAUGUU